AUGGAUGCAGAUCUCUACGAUGAAUUCGGAAACUACAUUGGGCCAAACAUAAUUUCGGAUGAAGAAGAAGUUGAGGAUGACAGUGCCGGUGAGGAUGAUGGCGGUGGUGAAGAGAUCUCUGAACAAGCAAUCGAUAACAUCGAGAAGCCCGAUGAAUCCCUCGCCGUAUGUUCCUUUCCCCGAAAGACAUCGCUUCUCAAAUAUCCAUUUUACUUGAGUCUCUGAUACUAAUUUGCGAUUUCUGGGUUUCAACUGCGUUUUCCGGUAAACAUGUCGAACGUCAUUGCACGUACAUGCCAAAUUUAGCAUGCACGUUAUACCCGCCCAGGGCUAGCCCGGUCGCGGCUAGUGUUGCGAUUGACCGGAUUUUUUCAGCAAUUCUAGCAGACACUGUCCACAUGGGGACGACAAUUUGACGCGCUGUCUCGGGUGAAUUGAGGGCGCUGUCGCCCUAGGCGAUUUAAGUUGCCAGACAGGCGCCUAGAAUUCCUGACAAAGUGUGACGUGUACCCCUGCAAGCGUACGCACACACAAAGGGACCCCCCGUGUGUGACUUUCAAAAUGCACUCGAGUAAAUAUCAAGGAGGGGUGUGGCAGAAAAGCUCCUUUCCUCGCACAGAUCGAGCACCGUCAGCCAAUCAAGUUACCAACCCUGCACUAGCCCGCAAAUAAAACGGGCUAACAAAUGCCUAACCCUGGGAGACUGGAUGCUAUCAAGGAAUAAUAUUACGUUAGUUACUGAGCGGCCGUGUUCUAGCAGCUCCAGGUCUUCUUGUGAGUGCAUGACUAAUUAUCUUAUCAACUGAGUCGCGACCCUCUGCGCGAGUAACGUUUCAUUGAUGUGAAAUUCCCAGACACUCCGUAGCGACCUGCUCGCCAAAUCCCCUAAUCAGACGGUGGGACACCUGCUGAGUCUGUCAACAUUCGGCCGCGCCCGAAAUGCGUCGCAACAUCAAUACGAUGCCUCCGUUUGUGCCGAGAACUUUAACCUUGUGAGACGAGCUGGGAACAGCGCGGUUAACCGAUGUGUGGGCGCGUUAUUAAGGCCUUUGACGUCACUCAUGCGAACGUACUAGUGGAUGGACUGAGCAUAUCGGACACUAACAAGAGUCAGACAGUCACAAAUCUGGCCGUACAUAUACCGCCUGAUCCAAAUGCCACUAUUUUGUCAGUAUAAACUGACGGGCUUUCUUCUAGUCAAGUCGGUUUUAUCGUUGCGACGUUACAAUUUCUUAGUUUGCUCCAUAUCGGCAGCUAAACCCUAAGUACUAACAUGAGUAAUAUCAACAGAUAAGAUCACAGAUCCUCAGUGUCAACCUAUUUACUGCGUCCGAACAGCCUAAAAAGCGAAAAAAUUUGGGCAUGAGAAAGCUGUAAGGGACACACUUUGUGCGAGCGCUGAGAGCUAAGAACGAGAGUCGUUUUGCGUCACUUUUUAUGGUACUAGCUCGUGGUUGCCAUGUCUCGCUGUCAAAUGCUGGUAUAGUCUGGUGCGUGUCCUGAAGAUAUCAGCUCUGCUUAUCUGUUGGGCGUCGCCUGGACAAUAAGUGAUGUCCCUGUCGAUUGAAUGCUGUGGAUUCUUGUUCAGUUCGGUCCAAUGCAUCAUUCUCUACUGUACGUUUGAGCAAAGGGCCUGUCCGAGGCAAUUUAACUUAUCCGUCUCCUCUAAUCACCAGCCACAUCUGGCAUUCGAGUACCAGGUGACACACGCAUCCACAGGCUUUGCUGAAACAAGUACAUUACCGAUACCAAUGUCUAGCCUCCCUACAGACAUUAAAACAACUUGCUACAGUUGCCAAUGGUCUGCGUUGUAGUCCAGCUCCCACCUGUUUCUUUCUAGGUCCGCCAUACUCCAAGAUUCCCCCAGGAACUGAAAUAAAACAAACUGUAUGAACUGUCUUAGUCAGUUGGGACGUCAAAAUGUCCUCACCUGUCGGUAGGUUUGGGCAUGGCGUCGAAUAUUAUGGGAAUUUCAGUUGAUUUAGCAUUCUUAUGUGAAGCCAACCGCAAGGCAUUUUAUCAAGCGCUAUUACAAUACUGACAAUAUUACUACCACGAACUGUCCAAGAGUGCCUCGCCACGUAAGAAUAUGAGAAAUUCAGUCCCGUCUAAGAGCAAAUCCACCACAAUUUAACGGCAUGUGCACGUGGUUCAGUCCUACAGCGCGUUACCGAUCUCAUGAAAUGUUGGCAGAGAUUCUGAAAUGCGUUUUCGACCAGCAAGGAUAAAUAAAGUGGCGUUGUAAUAUUAAUGCUCAUGUAGCUUAGUCCUAUAGUACUUCGGACUCGCCAGAAUGUCGGCUUUUAAAUGCACUUCUUUCUGACCUACAGAAACAGUGCUAAGUAAAAGUUGACUACUUAAGUAGCAUGCAUUUGUCACAAUGAUUUUCGAUGGUCUUUAAAAUUCAAAGUUAUUUUAUAAGAAAACAUGCACAAAAAUAUGCUUUCUUUUGCUCGUUUGGUGGAAAAUAACAUUUUUCUUACAUUUUAUGUCCGAAGAAAGUGCGUAUUUGGGUUUUAAAGUGUCCCAAUUCUCGAAUAAUUUUGAGCCAGAUCAGCCGUUACGGUAGGGUUUGACGUUUUCAGUCUACAAGCUGCAUGCGUUUCGCGUAAGGAAAAUCAUAUAUUCCCCUAUGCUUUUAAGAAGCUACUGUAUAGGGUUCAUAACAUUUUGCAAUGGAUAUGGACUGUGUUGUACAUUUCACGAGGAACAUUCGUAAACGGACACGUGCGACGUUGUAUAUAUGGACAUAGCACGGUCUUGAAAACCUCAUAAUUAGAAACUUUUUUAAAACCGAGUAAUAACCUUCCUUAGGGUAUUAAAUUAAAGAUAAUGUGGUUUUCUACCAAAAAGAAAAAGAAAGCAUAUUUUUGUGCAUGUUUUUAUUAUAAAAUAACUUUGAAUUUGUAAGACCAUCAGAAAUCAAUUUGAAAAAUGCAUGCUAAUUAAGAAGCCAUUUUUACCUAGUACUGUUUCUUCGGGAGGUCAGAAAGAAGUGCGUUCAAAAGCCGACUUCCUGUCAAGUCCAACAUCCUAUAGGAUUUUACUUCAUGUUAAUUAAUAUUACAACGCCACCUUAUUGAUCCUUCCUAGUGGAAAACAAAUUUCAGAAUUUCGACCAACAUUUAAUGAGAUUGGUCACGCACUGUACGACUCAGUAGAGUUCCUUGAAUAUGGUCCUCGCGUAUCCUUCUUUUAAGACUUGGAUUGCAUCGGUGGUUUCCGCUCCUUCAGCAUAACACUUUCCUUUUGUAGGUUAUCCUGCAUGAAGACAAAAAGUACUACCCUAGUGCAAUGGAAGUCUAUGGUCCAGAGGUGGAGACACUGGUCCAAGAAGAGGAUACACAACCACUGACGCAACCUCUUAUUGAACCAAUUAAACGAAAGCAUUUCGCCUACUCAGAAUUCUCUCUCCCUGAGACGACUUACGAUCCCGAAUACCUGGCCGACCUUAUGGACUGCCCUGAGCUCAUCCGUAACAUCGCUUUUUGUGGUCAUUUGCAUCAUGGAAAAGUAAGGAUUCUUUUACCUUCAUUGUGUCAUCCUCUCCGGUGUGAUAGACUUCAUUUUUGGAUUGUCUGAUCGAGCAAACGCACCCCAAUACUGUGGCGAAGGAAGACAAAGAUGUGAGUCGAGUUUUAGAGAACUAAACCUUUAAUUUAGUUGCGGUACACUGACUACCUGAAGAUCGAAGUGGAGCGCGGCCUAAGCAUAAAAUCAACACCAAUGACUCUGGUAUUGCCUGAUAUCAGGAACAAAUCUUACCUGUUAAAUAUCUUUGAUACACCAGGUAAUUUAGUAGUUGCAUUAUGUCGUGUUUUUAUGUUUUAAACCGUGCCUGUCUAACUUUCAUUUGUACCGUAGGGCACGUUAACUUUUCUGACGAGGUCACAGCGGCCUUUCGCAUAUGUGACGCAGUUUGUCUCUUCGUCGACGUCAGCGAAGGCAUCCUGUUAAAUACUGACCGUCUCUUGAAACACGCCCUUCAAGAGCGCCUUCCCAUCCUUCUUUGUCUGAAUAAGAUUGAUCGGCUCAUUUUGGAACUGAAACUUCCGCCCACGGAUGCCUACUACAAAAUUAAGAAUAUUAUCGACGAGGUCAACUCCCUUAUUAUCACCUACGCUGAAGGCAUCGGUAAGUUCCACUUUGUCAUGCCACGUUACGCGUUUAAGUAACCAAAGUAAUUUACUGUAAAGACAUUCCAAGUCCCUCUAACUGUCCUCUGAGCCCUUAUCACUUUUAUCCUCAAUCGUAAGAUCACCGUCUCAAUGAUAGUUCGACUGUCGUGCUCGACGAUGUCCACCGUGCACUCCAGAGCAAGGAGGAGCAAGCACAGUGACUUGUGUGUGGGUUAGUUUAUAGUGAGUGUAGACUUUCGCAACAUCUGCCGCACCCCCUCCUCCUCCUCCCCUCCUGGCCUCGGUGUCAAGACAUAGUCAAGAGGACCAGAGGCGGGAUAGGACGCGAGUGGCUGGCACGGCCGGACCCGCAACUGGUCGUACACCCACACUCCCUGAUCUGCAACAACCAUUUGAGCAGGAUUUUAACCGACAACAACAACACGGCAACGGAUCAGAAAGACUAGAAUUACUUGGGAGUCAUGCUCACGAGCUGCAUACCCAGCCGGAGCGCAUGCGCAUAUACCGACACGAGGCCAGGCGCCAGAGAACUGCCAGCACACACCGGGCUGCAAUGGCCAUAGUUUGCUGAUCAUGGCAUGGCAGAUGCGUAUAUACCUUGAGGUCACCGUCUCCGUACUCAAGGUCAUGCUCGCGGGACUUGCUGUCUACCGGACAAUUCUAAGCUGAAAUAAAUUGUUAGGGCGCAAUUGAACCUAGAGAAACCGAUAUUUGUCAUAGUUCUUUAUUAUAGAUUGAGCGGUGCUAGUACUAUGCAACUGGAAAGUCGAAUCUUCUCCGAAUGCUCAGUGGUUAGGCAAGAGUGUCAUGUCAUAGCAUGACGAGCCUCCAUACCUAAAUGUAACCCUGUGAAACGCGCUUUACCGUCGUGCUUUUCUCGUACUUUUCGCAGCUGUCGAAAGUCAUCAAGACUAUUUCGCUGUCUGCGUGCAUAGAGUGCUGGUGUAUUUCAUUAAUACUGUAUGAUUACCACUUGAUUCCCAUGAUAUCCCUGACUUCGGUGUUGAAGGCAGCGGGCUUGUACACUUUGUGUUUGUUAGGAUCAGAUUUCCGUUUCACUUACCAAUAUUGUAAACUCUUCAUAUGCGCCUCAGAACUUCGUAAUUAUUUGUGACUACACGACUUUCGAAUCCUCCUACCCUUCCCUCUCGUUGACAGAUAGCAAAAUAUAUUUAACUUAGUAACCUAGUCUGACUAGUCCUUAUAACAUUCCACGCUCUCCUAUCGAUUCGGUUUCACCCCGAGCUAACAUUAUUUACUCCCAUAGAUGCGGUGCGCAUUCUCUAAGUAUGUGUGUUGAUAGCGAUCAGGUCUGCUGGGAGCACUUAGCUGCGUUAAUAAGUACAUUCUCCUUUGUCAGGAAGCUCCCCCGAACCUCAACACAUUGUCAGCCCCCUCCUGGGUAACGUUUGCUUCGCCAGCUCCUACUACCGAUUUUGUUUUACCCUCGAGUCCUUUGCCAAGAUCUACGCCGACACCUUCCCCUCAGUAGACUACAAGGUCCUUGCCAAGAAACUGUGGGGUGACCAGUACUUUAACUCAGAAACGUGAGUCUUCGUGUGUAUAUCUCCAUGUCUUACUGCCUCUCGUUUGCGAUCCAUAGGUCUUCUUUGGUGGUUGUCUUUGUCAUUAAAUUAUUUGAAUGCUCGGCUCGACUGAACUGGGAUAUUUGUUGCGUCUCCGAAGUAGAUGAUAAUCUCGUAUUUUUUCGGGAUUACGCCACACCGAUAAACACAAUACGCAGGAGGCCCUACGAAAUGCCCUCGAUAGCAGCCAACAGAGCGUCUUGGCUUGACAUUUUAUUUUAAGCCUACUUGGACGAGAUUAAAUAUCAGGCCCGCCCUGCUGACAACCGCAGGCAAACCAUCAGGGGUUUGUCUGACAACUAAAACUGUUUUCACUGGUCUGCCAGAUUGUUUAUAUUCCCUGACAAAUUUCGACCAUUCGUAAUUUUCAACUCCUUUUAUUUUCCGUUUUGACCAUUACGGGUUGUACUAUAUAUUCGCAUACUCUUAUAAAGGCGCUCAUCACAAGAAUGGUUCACCAGUCUUCAUGGUGCAUUUUUGCCGCGUCUCAGAUAAUCUCUUUCCAUAGCAGUCGAUCGAACACUCCCAGGUGGAAUAUACUGUUUGCACAGAAGGGUGUAUAUGGCUGAGCAACCCGAACUUAUCACUUUUGACGUAAAAGAAUAUUUUCAGGUUUACGCCGGCUGCCUUUCCGCCAGCGCGCUUUAUGUCCGCGAAGGCGCUCACUAACACUGUGUUGUUGGCGAUACAGUAGAAAUCAGUAGUCGUCUGACCACAGCUGAUUGUGCAGCCAGUUUGGUACGCCAGAACGUUUUUACGAACCGAGUCUAUUGUCUGGUUGAGCAUUAGUGGCGAAAACCGACUUCCCCAAGGACUGUCAAAAGUAGCAUCGAAUAGUCCACCCGACAGCUUAACCGUCGUGCCCGACGACGUCCGCCGUGGAGCAGGCACAAUCACUUGCAUGUGAAUUAGUUUAUAGUGAGAGUAGACUUGCGCAGCAUCUGCCGCACCCUAUUCUCCUCCCCACCUGGGUCUGGGGUCAAGACAAAGUCAAGAAGACCGGAGACGGGGGAAGGCGCAGGUGGAUGGUGCAGCCGACCCCGCACCUUGGCGCUCCACUCAACACCCCUGGUCCACAUAACAAAUGACCGAGAUUUUAACCAACAACAGUAACACCACAACAUAUCAAAAAGACGAGGAUGACUGAACAGCCAUAAUCACGAUCUGUGUACUCAGCGGGAGCGCGAGCGCAUCUACCGGCAGGCAACCAGUUGUCAGAGAACUGCCAACGUGUACUGUAGUAGUUAGGACCGUAGCAAGCACACGAGAUGGAGAGGACGAACGAAUAUGGCUGUAAGAGUCAGAACGAGAAUACCCUAUAACAGGGCUUUAUUCAUCUUACAAUUGACGUACUGGGACUGAAAAGAGAAAUAGAAAAGUAGUAGGUAAGGUGGAAUUUAGCCCGGGGCUUAUGUUAGCAUGACAUGUACCAGGCCGCGAGGGCAAUGGUUUGCUGAUCCUGGCAUAGCAGACGCUUGCAGGCCUGGCGAGCACGUCUUUAUGCUAAAUUUGGACCGAAUUCCGUAAUUUCGGUAGCAUGCCUCUAUGAAUUAGGAGUAGACACAAUCCACUUAGAUGGGGUUGAACUUGGUGAAUAAAUUCUUGAAUCAUGCAGCAGUGGACUUUAGGUACUAGUGGUACGAUAAUUUACGAACCGAAGUGUCUAUGGAUGGAAGCGAAUAUGCGAAUCCCAGGUUCUUGUCGUAAAGAAGAUGAACACGCGAUCUCUGGGACAAUACGUGUGUUAGUCUGACUAAUACACGUACUGUCCCAGAGAUCGCGUGUUCAUCUUCUUUACACGAAGCGAUUAUAUGUGUAACCGCGCUCCAGCCGAAAAACGCGCUGAUUCUGUCGUGGGCGUAUGCCAUGACGUAAAAAAAGAUUAUCCGAAGACGACCGUAUAAGCUUAAGAAGCCACUGCCGCCCAUGUUCAGACAUAAUGUUUCGUUGCGUUUCAUUAAGAUCGGCAAAGUCGCAGUGCCACUCCAACUUGAUGGGGAGACUUGCAUUCUCUGAAUUCAGGUCAAAAUUCCUUGCAAGCGAUCAGCUGCAAAUGUUUGGCAGCGUUUUCAGCUCUCUGACGGUAUUAAUCAGGAGCUUUGGUAUUUUACGGUUUUGUUACUGCAUCCUGCAUCUCCAGAGCAAUUGUUAGGCCACAAUCCCAGUUAUACUCAGGGUCUAAGACGUCCUCAAACUAGACAGCCUCCGAGGGAGCCCAACUUCGUCCUGUCCAAAUUCCUUUUCUGCCUUGACUCCCUCCCAUUUUUACGGAAUUACAUCCUUUGAUUUUCAAGACCCAUUUUACCAUAAAUUGUCUGAAUCGGGAAAUUUAAGACAGACCGUGUGAAGGUGCCGUUGCAGCCGCGAGACCGACGAGUAUACACUACUGGCACGAUUUUUUUGGUGCUUGAAAUGUUGACGUUACUCUCCCAUAUAGCGUCUUGAGGUAUUUGCCAAUCAUGCAAUUUUAGCGAUUUUUCUGUCGUUUUCUGACUCUUGGAUAGUCGGACCUUCAAGACAAAACCGCCCAGCGUGUCGUCCGUCCGCAGUUUCGUGGAAUUCAUUCUGGAGCCGAUUUACAAGAUUUUUGCCCAGGCCGUAGGUGACGUGGACACCUGCCUUCCUAGUCUGUGUGCCGAACUUGGCAUCCAUCUUUCUCGGUCAGAAACGAAGCUGAACGUUCGCCCGCUUCUACGUAUUAUUUUCCGCCGAUUUUUCGGGGACUUCUCAGGUUUGUAUUCCAUCCCUUUUUCCUGCUUAUUUUGUCUGUAUACUAUAUGAUUUACCACCAGGAACUCCGAAAAUCCUACGUCUGAAAACUGUCCUGAUGAGGAUUAACCGAUUCCAGGAGUGUUGGGAUGCCAAAAUGUUCUCCCAAAUAAAUCCCUCAAGACGCUUUGUCUACCUUGAAACUCCUUCAAUCGUGUCGAACUUUUCUGAUUUCACCUUACCCAUUUGUCAUCAGGACCGAUGUGGUUGGUGGUGCAUUCAAUGGCGUCGAAGUUCAAUGUGGCCCACUCGUUUUCCGUCAUAUAAUUGUGUGCUUUGCUUCGACUCCUUCAAGUUGGUAACGGUGCCGCGUCAAAGGCAGCAGCACUAAGCUCGUGAGGUGGACGAUAAACAAUGUGUCCAGACCAUCGCAGUCGUAUUUCUUGGUGGGCCUGGGAUAUCCUUGUGGUGUUGUCGUAGGAAGUGCGGACUGUCUCCGAGACGAAUUCGGUGUGCUUCAUCCGGAGGAUAGUCCUCAAACAGUGGUGGUCAAAUACCUCCAGUUUUCGCUCAUCUUCCACGCGCACAGCCCGGCAUUCACAACUGUGCGGGGGAUCUGACCGGACGGAUGCACGAUAUAUGCGAAUCUUUGUGGUGAUUGAGAUGUCGCGUCGGGCAGCAUCGAUCGGGGAGACGAUGUCGUCCUUACUCUGUCCAUUCGACAUCAGCCAUGCCCUGAGGGAUUUUAAACUGUCUACAUCUUCAAGUCGACAGCCAUUAAUCUCGAGAGCUGUCUUCUCCUGUUCAGGGAUGCAGCCUGAAAACACUUUGGUUUUUCCAGUGUUUAUGGAUAAACCGACCGAUUUAGCGACCUCGUUCGCCCGUGACAUCAUAGAGCGUAGAUCACCAAAGCUUGAAGCUGGUAAGGCACUAUCAUCAAUGUAGUCAGGAUCAGUGACAAGUCCUGACGCUUAUUGUUUUAUUGUAGCGAACUAUCUACAGAUUAACAACUCUGGCAUUGUUAUUGCAAUGUAAUUGUAAUGCAAUGCAUUGUAAUGCAAUGUAAUUGCUUACCUGACCUUGGAUCUGCACAUGUCCAAGAGGACCACAAAAUUUUCCCCUCGGUUGACCACCAGUAGUUUGAAAAGUCGAUAUCCGUUCCACUAGCGGCAGCUCAAACUCGUCGGUUCCCGCGGUUGCUGUCGCACGGAUCGUCUUCGGUGUGCUUUAGUACCUCGUAACAAAUGAAAAAGUUACGUUACAGGUGAGGCUACCAGUCCUUCUCGCUCCCUUGGUGGAGGUUAGCAAAGCCUUAUUUGGUGGCACACAAAAAUCGUCGUAGCAUCGCUCUAGUUCUUGGCUUCAGUAGAUCGUUGUUCUGCGAGAUUGAUGACCAACCUCGCACUUCAGACACGAACGACUGUUAAUUUCGAAUCUAGCCUUCGGUGGAGGCCGUUGGAGAUAUGCCAUGGAUUUGGCAUCUUUCGAUCAACUUUAGAGUCACUUUAACCGCCGUCUUGUUUGAGAACUUCCCUGUAUACAGGCUUGAGCUUGUUCCAUCGCCCUUAAUCCAUCGUCAAUUUGGGCUGAGCAAGAACCUGGACCAGUGUGCUUUAUACCGCUUUCAUAGCUCCCUUCUCCCGGCGUUCUGGACAUUUAUACAACGCCGUCGCCUACUGCUCAUCUUUUUUCCGCUUUCAAUCCCACCACAGGCUUUGUCUCCAUGUGCGUGAACCACGUGCCCAGUCCAGUGGCGGCAGCCGCCACCAAGGUGGAGCACGUAUACACGGGCACACUUGACUCUGCCAUCGCACAGGACAUGAUCAACUGCUGCAUGGAUUCACCCCACCUCAUGGUGCACACUACCAAACUAUACCCCGACUCUGAGGCCGCCUCCUUCCACGCCUUUGGACGCGUCAUGUCGGGCAGACUAAUGGCUGGCCAGGAGGUGAACGUCCUCGGCGAGUCCUACUCUCUCGCUGACGAAGAGGACUCCCGUCCGGCCACUGUGGGCAGGCUCUGGGUCCUCUGCGCGCGGUGAGUGAAACCCGACUCCUUCCUUGCCUAGCUCCAUUUUGGCACUGCAUCAAACACACGACCAUGGGACUCAUCCGAAAUCCCCAGCAUCAUUUCCCACAUUGUUUGUCGGCCUAACCCAUCACCCAUUUUAGUCAGUAUAGGAUAUCAAGAAUCUUGUGAAGAAGUACAAACUCUUGAGUAUGCAUUCAAGUAAGAAAUAUUGUUUAAUAGGGGUGCCUGUAAUGGCAGACAAGAAGCGUAACUGUAGGCCGCCUCCUACGUCACGGUCUCUUAAUUUUCGUUUAAGAAUUCUGCAGACACCAUUGUCCAUUUUGCGAAAAAAUCACCACUUACAAUAGGUGGGCUAACUCAUGAAAUGUCAACCGCAAUUCCGAAAUGCCUUUUCGUUUCGAACAGAUUAAGUAAGUAGAGUUGUAAAACUAAUCAUCGUGCAGCAUAAUUCGAUAAUAAUUCAGUUACCUCAGAAUGCCGGCUUUCAAACGAGCUUCUAUCCGGCUGCAUGCAAAAACAUAUUCUGCAAAAAGGCUACUUAAGUAGCCAGCAUUUUUCUCAUCGAAGUUCGAUGCCCUUAAAAAUUCAAGCAUACUUCACGGAAAACAUGCAUAAAAUAUCCAUUCUUUUGCUCAUUCGGUAGAAGAUUACGUCUUCUUCUAAUUUAAUACUCGAAGGAAGGGUAUAAUUCAGUUUUCAAAAACUUUCCCAAUUCCCGAAUAACUUCAAACCCGACCUGCUGUUGCAAUUGCAUUCAGGGUUUCCAAACUACAGACCAUAUAUUUUCCACGUACGGAUUAAGAGGAGACCAUAUGGGGUCCAUAAAAUUUAGCAGUGAAUUUGGGCCAUAUUGUUAACUUUAAAAGACACAUCGGUAAAUGCAGAGACAUGACGUUUUAUGAGCGGCCAUUUCACGGUCUUAAAAAAUCUCACAAUUAGAAACUAUCUUGAAACCGAAUUACCCCCCUUUCUUUGGGUAUAAAGUUGGAGGAAGACGUAAUUUUCUUCCGAAUGAGCAAAAGAAUGAAUUUUUUAGUUGCGAACAUUCCCAUUGGACAAUUUAAAAGACAAUUUGGCGAGCAUACGUAAGCUUUCGAUAAAUUCUCAUCAGGUCUAUACAUUUAUAUUGCUGUCGAAAUGAUCAAAAGGAAAAUGCAGACAAGCAGAAGUUAUUCAGUAGUUGGGGUUUGGGGGGAGGCUCUGGGUGGGUGAUUGAAAAACAAAUUUACCGUCAGGGUCAGGGGGGAGAAGGGGAUGGUAGGCACUGGGCGGGGAAAUUACACACAGGUGGCUGGCAUGGUGGCUUUGGACCAUGGUAACUGUGGGGCCUAUACGAAGUUCUUUUGUGCGCUUAGAGCUGGUUUGUAUAGCCUGAUUGCAGCCGCCUCUGCUGUUGCCAACAGACGCUGUCCAAGUGAUUUUGGAUAGGCUGACGGGACCUUUUAAGCCACUCGGAAUGCCUGUCCGGCAUCUACACAGUGAUCUGUGUCUACCAUGUGGACGAGGAUAGAGCUGUUGACGUUCUUUAUUUGGCCAUUUCCUAACCAUGCUGGAAGGUGUUCCCUUAUUCUUUUGGACAAACACCGGCUCGUGCGACCAAUAUAUUCUGCCCCACAGGAGCAGGUGAAGGAGUAAAUACGGUUUGGGUUAGCAAUUUGUCUUUGACCUCUCCGUGUAGGAUGGGGCUAGUGGAGAAGAGUACACGGGUAUCAACUGCUGGGAAGGUGCGUGACACAGCUUGACUUAUGCGCCUUCUUAGAAGUUCACUUGGCGCGUCCCCUUGAAACGGUAUCCUGAUGAAAAGCUUCUUCUUUUCUGCCGUCAGCAUCAGGGCUUUGGUGGUCUUUCAAUCAUGUACCUGGCAAUGAAUCGAUCGGGGUACCCGUUCUGGCGAAAGAGAUUUUCGACAAUCUUAAGUUCUUCCCCAAUGCUAUCAGCCGAGGAUAUCCUCCUUACUCUUUGUGUUAAACAACGGACUAAAUUACGCUUCAUGUUUAACCGUACGAAACUCCCAAAAUUGGUGUAUUGACCGGACCACGUCUUCUUACGAUAGACGCUACGUCGAAUACUACCGUCAGACCUUCUACUUAGAAGUACAUCCAGAAAGGGGAGCGGCCUGGAUUGCUCUUCUUCCAGAGUAAAUGUGAUUGAUGGGUGCGCUUGAUUGAUAUCAUCCAGUAGAACUGAACCGUCGUUUUGUUAAGGUGCAAUCGCGAAUAUAUCAUCCACGUAGCGUCCAUAGUAUCUCAGACCAUUGAUCUGGCGACUAAGCGCGAAAGCUUCUAGCUUUCCAUGGAUACGUUCGCCAAAAGAGGACCAAGGAACGAGCCCAUAGCUACUCCGUCUAUUUGUCUGUACAGACUGUUGUCAAAUGGGAAUUGUACGUUUAGGGUACAUCUCAGUAGCAAUUCCUUGAGUGCAUCCACCGACAUUCAUAUAUCCUGAUGAUUAGAGGCAAUGAAUUCACAGAGGUAAUUGACGGUUUCUGUGAUCGGCAAGUUCGUAAAGAAAGACGAGACGUCUAGCGAAAACAUAAUCAUUCCGUUUAGGUUAAGAUCUUUAACGCCGUUCACGAAUUCCAAAGUAUCCCGAUAGCAAUGUGGUGCUAGCUGGUACUGUAUGGGCUUAAGUUUCUCCGCUAGUCGUUUUGCUAUCGCAUGGUACGACGAAUUUUACGUGUCUAGGAUUGGACGAACAGGUGUACCGUCUUUUUGGAUCUUUGACAAGCCAUAUAACCGAGGUAUAUGCGUGCCAACGGGUCGAAGACGCUCUAGGUCGUGUUCGCUUAUGAAACCAUUCGCUUGAACUCUUCAAGCAGUCAUUCAGCUGUGCUUCAACCUCGUCCGUCCGAUCCUUCUCCUUUUCUGCCUUGCGAAACUUUUCCUGGUCCGACAGGAUUGACUGUAUUUUUUUGUAAUAUAGUCGACUUAAGAGGAUUUCGGAUAUCAUACUGCACGCAUAAUCCAAGCGUAUCAGCCGACACAUUUCAUUCUUUAAGACACCGGCACUAAAGAGGCGAUUUUCUACAGCUUGGCCAUAAUAUGCGGGCUUUUGCCAAUAUUUUAUGGGAAAAAAUUCCCGCCUUCACAUGAGCAUCAAAUCAGGCCUUCCAAAUGAACACAAGAUAAUGUUCCGUGCUUAUCAGUGUUUUCAAUCCCACAGCUGUAGUCCCUAAUCGAGAAAAUGUGGACACAUCGUUCGAUGUUUCAUGGGUUUUGAUGCAUACCGUAUUUUUCUAAACCUCCUUUGUCUCUUGUUAGUUAUCACUUUCUGCGAUCCUUUGUCAUGUUCUCUAUUGAUUUCGGCGUAUUCCUCUUUUUAUUUGACGCACGACUAUAUCAACACAAGCUGUUCCUUGUAGAUAUCGUCUGGAAGUUAAUCGUGUACCCGCCGGCAACUGGGUUCUCAUUGAGGGCGUGGACCAAGCCAUCGUGAAAACGUCAACGAUUGUCUCUCCUCACGCGGAGGGCGUCUUCAUCUUUCGACCGCUCUCCUUCAACACCAUCUCUGUUGUGAAAAUAUCCGUAGAGCCGGCCAAUCCCUCAGAACUCCCCAAGAUGUUAGAUGGCCUGAGAAAGGUCUGAAUUCACAGGUUUUCAAUUUCGGAGCCUUCAUACUCGCACCUAUCCAUUAGACGCCUCAGCCAUGUGUUUCUCUUUGAUCUCACUUCAUUUUUCUUUUUCAGGUAAACAAAAGCUACCCACUACUUACUACAAAGGUGGAGGAGUCUGGCGAACGCAUAAUCAGGGCUACGGGAGAGCUAUACCUCGACUGUGUCAUGCACGAUCUCCGCAAGCUGUACUCGGACAUUGGUAUGUUCACGUGCACGACCUACCCUAUAAAAUAUUCGCCGAUGUAUACGAGGUAUUUGCCGAGGUCCAUAUGCAUGCUUUCGACUGGGAGGGGUUUCUUGACUAAGGUUGUGAUUCUGCAUCCACCGUCGAUCGUGUGUUAUACCUUUUUCUAAGAUAUUCGUGGAUGCCGCGUAAUCUUCAUUGUUCUUCGUGUAAACAGCUGAUAAAGGAUUCCUCCGUUCGUCUUCUCGUCGCUUAUGUCUUCUUCAGUCGUCUUCAUCUUAUCUUGUCAUCAGAUUACGGUGGUCUUGAAAGGCCUGAAGCGAGGUGGAUACUAUACCCUCAAGACCGUAUUUGUCCUCGUCUCAUGCAGCGGUUGGACCGUCGCCAACCCGUCUUGAAGUCAAAAACGAGCAACUUUGAAUCAGCCUAAACAAUUAAUGACUACCGUAUUGAAUAAUGUCAACAGUGAUAACUGGGACGACUCCCGAUCGGAAGCCAGCUUGCCACUCUCUACUAAUUUACUCUAUCUUCAGUGUCGUAAUUAUCAGCACUGCAACCUCACUGGAGUGAUAUGCAAGUGACGAUGCUUUUUAGGGAUUUUCGUUUCUGUUUCCCCAAGUUUCUGUGUGCACUCUUAUGCAUGCGAGUUUUUACUCCAGCGCCCAGUUUUCGGAUUCGAAUAUAAAACACUGAGUUACGUAUUCUUUUGCAAAAUUUCAACCUAACAAUCCUGCCCAAUAAUUUGAACCUUUACCCACAAAAUAGAUAUUGUGGCAGAAAUUCCAUAGAGAUCCUGAAGUCUAGGUGUUCUAUCGCCUCGGUUAUUUUUCUGUCGGUUUCAUAUUCAGCAGGUUAUUUUUCAUGCAUUAGUUUAGUAGCGCAAAUUUUUGCAGCACGAUUGUUGGAGAUAGCAUCGUAAUAAAGCUGUACAAAGAAAAGCGCAUUUUCCUGUUUUUACGUUUGAUACGUUUAUGCUUUGCGUCCCCUAAUUUUUUCGGUCCUUAUUAGUCACUGGAACCUAGAGGAUCGGACUUUUCCCUUUUUUUCGUCGUCUCAUAGGCCGUCUGAUGAUUUCUGUGAAAAGAAUCUUCUUCGACGGGUAGUCUUUGUGUGCCAGCUGUUUGCUGAUGAUCCUCCCUAUUGUGCCUAUUGUAGAGGUGAAAGUCGCUGACCCUGUGGUUGCUUUUUGUGAAACCGUAGUGGAGACAUCCUCCCUGAAGUGCUUCGCAGAGUCGCCAAACAAGAAGUACGUUUGGUGGUCUUUGUUUGAAAACGCUUUGCAUGUAUUCGUCCUUCAGGAACUUUUUUGCUUCUUGUCCAAAUGGAAGGCACGGACUGACUUAGAUACCUCAUUAAUCCGCGGCUAACUUGUUCUGCAGGGCAUCAUACUUUGAUGUUCGGAGAGCGGUAUCAUCGGCAUAGUUGUGGCUAGUCAGCCGGCGUCCGAGUGGAAAUCCGACACCCUCAAAACCGCGUACAGCCCUAUGGUAUUCGCUUGACCAGGGUGGGUGACAGAAUGCAACCUUGUCGCACACCAGACAGACUCUCAAACGAUUGGGGGAAAUUGUUAUGGACCAGAACCCGAUCAGUGGUGGAUUGAUAGAAUGCCGUAACCAUAGCAGCAAUUUUUGCCGGCACAUCGUCUAGUUUUAUCACUCGCUACAGAAACUCAGAAUGAACAGAAUCUAACUUUGCGGCAAGGUUGACAAGGCAGACAGCCGUCGAUUGCUAGUAACAAUGAUGGAAUUAUCGAACUCGAAUAUUUGGCCUGGGUAUUCAUGCCCAGUUUUGUUGGGUCUCAUCCCAUUGUCACGCUCACUUUGCAACCGACCGAGAAUGGCUAUGGUAACGACCUUUGGUGUGACUACUACGGUAUAUCUAGCUGCUCAUCUUAUUUUACCUCUUGAGGAGAGGCAGUAAGACUGCCGAUAAUUGCGGCACUGGCGAACUGCCUCGCAUAAAGGCACUGUUCCGUCCCAAGUGGCUGCAAUGACAGCAGAAAUGCGCAUAGCCUUGCGAUUUAUGUUCCCAAAUGUCUUCGGGAUCACGGUAGACCGUGAAAUUGUUCGACUGUUCGACAGCUUCUGCUGCCGUUGGUCUAACUUCCUGUCGAACAUCCAAAUCAAGGGGAACUUGCCUAUCGCAUCAACCAGGCACAUCUGACCGUCCCCAGACUCCGUUGAAGCCUGUGGAAUUGACGAUAGAUCGGCGAAAAUGAUCAUUCUAAACGUUUGUGAAACAUUGUCCGUACACUCAAAAGAUAACCAUCGCCUGUGUGUGUUCGAUCGAUAGUGUUUUGUUUCAUUUCACGAAUUCAUGUCGUUAAUGUCGAAUACACAGUUAGUUGCAAAUUCAGCCCGCCAUCAGUGCCCUUUUUACUGGUUGACUGAUAUGACUUAGUCUCCUUUUUACCAAGUCUUUGCUGCACCGGCCUAGAGACAAAUUCGUCCGCAAUUUCAUCUCACCCGAACUCAUACAUUGUUAGUACGGGAGACGCAGGUAGGCGUUGUGAAGCUAAUUAAAUCUCGUCCUGAUGUCUGCCACUGACCGCAGUUGAAAUAGUCAUUCGUAGUAUGGUAAAGACGCAGCGUGCAGUCGGCCGAGUCAGUAAUAAAUGCCGUUGCAGGUACGAGGAUUUAAUUAGACGGAGCAAAUAACACGUUUGGUUGAGCCUUGUCGAUGUGCGUCCCGCCCAGCAAGCCAUUCCCUUAAGCGGGUCGAAAUUUCUUUGCAGUUCCUCAUGUUUUGAAAUUUAUUUCGUGCAUGUAUUUUCUUCAAGGAACAAACUCACCAUGAUUGCGGAACCGCUGGACAAGGGUCUGGCCGAGGAUAUUGAGAAUAAAGUUGUACAGAUAGACUGGCCGAAAAGGCGACUUGGUGAAUUCUUUCUUAAGAAAUACGAGUGGGAUUUUUUGGCCGCUCGGUAAGCGUUGUUUUUCAGUCAAAAUUCUUUUAAACAGCUCAUAAAUCCCGCGAAUGGCAAAGUUGUUCACGUCGAACACUUUUGUUGCAGUUUCUGAUUUCUCGUCUGUUUUUACGUAACGAAAACAAAAAGAGAUAGGAAAAUGCACACAUCUGGAAUUCACCUAGGCGAUCGGCAUUGUAACUAUGAAGAUCAAAAUCCGAGACGAGCUACCUGAGCACUUAUUAGAUUUUCUACACAGGUACCGACGCCGUUUCUGAGGACGCUGUGUUUCUGCUGCUGAAUUGUUUUGUUAAGGCGUAUUGGAAGUAGAAGUUUGAAUAGUCGCUGAAAAGCGCCCUUCCUUGGCGAAUUAGGGAAUCCUUGUUUGUGAAGUCUGAUUAGGUGGUGAUGCGACUUAGCCAACCCUUAUGGUGCGCGCCGAUCAGGACAUAAAAUUUGGUCAGUCACCUGUCAGUCAGACCCAGUCAAACUUAUUCACCAUUGUCACUGCAGCUCAUUGGGAACGGAAAUUAGAGGGUGAAGACAACGCUACAAAUUUCUGCAUCACCGUGUCUAGUUCACACACUAAAUUGCCACGGCGCCUUGGAGGUUGUUGCUCGAAUUAUUUCCAGUUGGUUAAUGACAACCAGUUUGCGAUGUCUUCUUGUUGUCACCCCUAUAACAUCAGGGUGCAGUAUUUUGUAAAAUCCGUAAUUAAUUACUUAAAAUAAAGACGUGAGAAGUCAUUAAAAAUAGGAUGAACUUUGGGUUUAGGUACAUGACUAUAUUAGUGGUUCAGUGGAUUCUAGGUGUUAUUUGGAAUGCCCACCAUAACAAAUGCCAACAUUCUGAGUUUGGUGGCAGGCCCAUUCGCCGACGCAUGCCGUGCCAAUUAGAAUCCCUGUCGCCUCCCCCCCCCCCGUUGUUGAGGUUGGUUAAAAUCCUGGUCAAGUGUUUGUUGUGGACCAGGCGGUGUGGAGGUACAUGUAGGUGCGGGUCCAGCCGUGCCAGCCACCUGCGUCCUCUCCCGCCUCCGGUCUCCUUGGCCAUGUCUUGACACCGGAUCCAGGUGGGGGAGGAGUGCAAGUCCACUACCACUCUAAACUAAUCCACGCACAAGUCAUCGCCCCUGCUGUGGAGCACGCAGUGGACAUUGUCGGUCACGACGGUCGAACUGUCGAUCCAACAGGGAACCUUUUUCCACCAAAGGAUAUGUAAGACUUUGAGGCAAAAUCACUCGGAUAGAUCACUGGUGCAUGGUAGAUGGGAGAGAGUGGGGUCUGUCCGGCUCGAAUCCAAACGCAAUUUGGAUUCGGUAUGCAUUAGUAAUUAUCUCUAGGGUUUACUGCCGUUAGCCGCGCUUUCUUCCCUGUUUGAUUGAUGUCCAGUCGUCCGAGUCGAUCCCUGCCACUUUUGCUUACGUUCUUCUAGUAUUUCCGAUGAACUGCAAUCGAUUUUGCAUUAGUCGCCGACAAGCUCGCUAGAAAACGACCCCUGCUCUUUCCUUCUGUUGCCAACUGUUACUCCAACUAGUGGCUUCGAACUGUAGACUUUGAGCCCUGUUGUCGAAGUCGAAGUAGCCGUACGUUGCCUUUGGGGAACAUUUCCGUCCAGUGCGUUAGCUUCGUCCCCUAUAUUCCUGCCUAAUCCAUUUCGUGGUGCCUAGAUCGCUGCUAUGAACCUGUGCAUUUCUAGCUUUGUCUUGCACAUCUGCUGGGCCGGACAUCUCAGAAAUCUGUCGGUUUUCUGCUGAUGGGCAACAAAAUCGGACGGUGAGUACCAGUUAGUUUCUUAGUCCUUCGCUGCUUUUCUAUCGGUCGUCCAUCAUAGGAAAGUGUCCAUUGUCUCUUCUUCUACGUCGGUCUGGAGAAUGUUAUCUAACACAUCCAAGAGUAAAAUGUUGGUCGGCCUUUCGUGUGGACCCUAUUUGAAAAGGUGUCAGACGAAUAUCGGUGCUGCAUAAGCCAUCCUCUGCAAGAAGGAUUACCAUUGAGAACAAGGAACAGCCAGACCAGUACUUUCGACUUUUCAUCUCUGCAGUAUUCUGUCUGCAGCUCAAAUUAGAAGUUUCUAGUUUUUUAACGAGAUAGGCCUUGUGAGCACAGUGCAAAACUUGCAUUUUUACCUAGGAUAUCUUCUCUAAGGAUAGUUUUUUUUGUGCUGGAGCCUUACAGAUCUCGGAAUGUCAGUUAGAUUUACGUUCCGCGACCCAUUCGUGGGAUCCACGUGUUCGUUGCACCUCGCCUUAUUCGGCCCGUUUCUGUCUGCCGGUAGGCUAGAGUGGAUUGAUUGAUAAACUAACUCCUUAAAUUUGUCUCAGGUCUGUUUGGGCCUUUGGUCCUGAUGCCACUGGACCGAACAUUUUGGUCGACGACACGCUUCCCUCUGAAGUGGACAAGGCCUUAUUGGGCUCCGUAAAGGACUACAUUGUGCAGGUAUGCAUUUUACGAGCACCUCGGCCUCUGUCCGUGCAACGUUUUUAACUUGGGAUUACUUGCAUAAAAUUUUGAAAUUGUCAAGUGAGUUGAACAUCGAGUUUAUAUGUUUUACCAUCCGCACUAAAAAUUUUGCCCUUCUAUAUGUGCCUGUUCCUGAAACCGGGCUCCGUUAGUACUUUUAAUUUCUUAACCAAAACGAUCAUGUCGAAGCCCGACCGACGAGUUGCUCAGGGCAACACCUACUUGCGUGUACUAGUAAUAGACAAGUGUUUUUCGUCUUUGUAGCUUAAUUCGACUCUCAAUUUUCGACUAAAAGUCGCCAGGUCGGUAUGAGAUUAGUUGAAUCCUAGCAAAGUUUGGCCGAUAGGAAGAUACUAACAAACUUCGGUUCGCUGGUGCCCCCGGUUCAUCAGUUAGACCCAUCUUCGCACUAUUUUUGCGGUGUGCUUGGACACGUGUGUGUUUUCGGUCGCAUGUGUUGGUCGAGGCAUGAAUCGCUAAGGCGGAUAUGAAUGUGCCCCGGGUAGCUGUAGUCUUUAUCCUGUCCUUUUCUCUUACACGUUAGUCGACAGUUGAUUGGUGUGUGGUAGAGCGAAGAGCGACUGAAGCCGAAGCUAGGGAAUCCGUUCUCACGGCAAAUCAGUGCGUUACUGUAAUGAGUGCGACGUUUUCGAGUCCAUCACGACAUGCUAAGUCUCGUGGCCUGUAAGGCUGUCAUCUGACAGGAUGACUCGGUCCUCUCAGGACUGGGGAUUGGGUUGUAGUGGCUCCUUCUUUGUGUGGCCUUUGUGGCGCUUCCAUCCAUAUGAGUUCCAAGCUGACCUCCUGGGAGUCUGGCACAUGCUAUGGGACCAGGUCGUAUGUGGCACAGGUAGACGGGUCGUUUAGUUUUAUCAACCGAUGCUUCCAAACCCAGUCGUCUUAUCGCUAUCACGCCACCUGAGCAGCACAGUGGCAUAGUACAUGCGUUGCAAGUCUGCCUAACUACAAACUAAUUCACGCACAGGUCACCGUUGCUGCGCCCGCUCCGCGGGGGACGGCCUAUAGGCGCCGUUGAACCGCCGAUAGAACCGUCGUGUCGUGUCGGCUGGUUACCCUGGCGGACUGCACUGAUUUUAGACAAAAACAAGGGUCAUAUUGGCUCAUGGCAUACGUUAGACAGGUUACACGGAGUUUAUGCGGACUCCUAAGUAGUGCUUCAAACACGGGGAGUACGCCGUGGCCACUGAUCGCACCCUUACUCCCACUCGACUUCACUCAGACAGACCACUGGUGAAUUCUAGAUGGGAGCGAGAUCUAUGUGUCUUGAAUCUAAGCACGCGUUGUGUUCUGAUUGUCCAAAUCCCUAAAAAAAGAGAGUCGGCCACUUGCUGGAAAUCACGUCCGCGCAUUCUUUAACAUGUCAUUAGCACGCUGUCAGUAGGCUUUCAGCGAACACUGGUCAACCUGCAUUUAAUAUUAAAAAUACGCGCCAUUUUUCCGGCAAGGACGAGUGGCAGGCUAAUACAUUUUUCCUCGCGGCCAAUCGUUCUUUUUUGUUGCCGUGUUAGCGGUUGGGACGACAACUACGCAUUUGGUUCGCGUCGUUACUGGGUACCGGGCCGAGUCAUAUCACUUUUAGACAUGUUUAUAGCCGUGCUUUGAAUUGUGACAGCCGAUGGGAUAGUUCGACUGUUCUCAGCGCUGAAGGUCUGACUGGAGUGGUUCCCUCUCGAUAUGGCCGUUACGGCACUCUGACGUGCGAGGUUCGAAACACCCCAAAGGAAACCCGACGCGUACAUAGUUAGGGGCCAGUUCGUGUAUGGCACGCGCACAGGGACUGCUAAACUGCGUCACCUACUGCGCUCGCACUCAUGUCGAGUCGCCCCGACUUUCUCUAACCAUCGAGACGCUGCUGCUAUGGGAAGCUGAAGGGAGAUUGACGUGCCUCAGGUAUUCGCCGCUCCAGACAAAUUUCUACAUGCGUCGUUGCCAUCACGCCUCUCAGGGACUGUAGUAUUCCGCAUCACGCACAGUGGGCGGGCUAUUGGUCACCUAACUCUUAUUUUUGUCCUACGAUGUCGGGGUGUGUUGCUCGGAUAAGCUGUACAGGUCGCUUUUCGCCCACUGCUAUGUGCACAGCAUUCGAAGAUUUAUUUUAUUUGACCAUUUUGCAUCGGUAGCACUAGCGCUUUUCUACGUAAGGCACCUCGGUUUGUUUUAGUGCCUUCGGUCUAGUUGUCACCGCGAUUAUAUGAUCUGGUGGCAGAGAUAAUACGCUUGUUUCAUGGGGUAGUUCAGCAUGCGAUCUAAAUCCCGGCACCAUUCUAGGCCAACUAUAUCCGUGUCAGCGCGGAUUUCCACACUUCAACGGUUGUCAGACCGUUUGCUUAAAGCCGAACAUUCAUUCUUUUUUAGGGCUUCCAGUGGGGAACGCGCGAAGGUCCUCUGUGCGACGAACCCAUCAGGAAUGUAAAAUUCAAGAUUCUCGACUCGCUGAUCGCCCCUGAGGCCCAUCAAAGAGGCUCCGGACAGAUUAUCCCGACGGCCCGUCGGGUGGCUUAUUCCGCAUUUCUUAUGGCUACACCCCGGCUGAUGGAACCGUAUUAUUAUGUGGAAGUUCAAGCACCCGCAGAUUGUGUACCUGCCGUGUAUACUGUUGUCACCCGUCGUCGGUUAGUCUGCCUUUUGUUAUCCGUUUUGGCAAGAGAUUUAAACCAGAAUUAAGGCUCAAUGGCAGGCGCUCUGGCGACUUCGGUCAGAAGUAUUUCAUAUCACGUGGUAGUGGCGUCCACCAAUCUGUCCCGGUUGGAGAGCAUAGUACAUGACCUGGGUUUUGCCAGGGAGUCCCCACCAAUUGUUUCUAUCAAGCCAGAGUGGUGAAAUUCACUCUCAUGUGACUUAACCAAGCGUCCCGAAGCCUGAUGGGUAAAUGAUUGUGAGUUCACUCACUAGUGGAAGGCAGUAGCGUACUGUCACUGGCUAUGACAAGGCCUACGGGCUUAUUGCCCUUAUUUUAUGAUAGAAACACUCACUUGUCUAAAAUGUGAAUCCCUCCUCCUAGUUACAGGUGGGAUGAGGAAUUUCACCUGUUUCGACCCCUUGUUGUCUCGUCUGUACUCCCUUUUAUCUUGGAUCCGCCCAAACCCACCCUUUACCUCAAAAAGCUGAGAGCCCCCAUUUCGUUCAAGUCUUUCCAUCCAUUCCGUUUAGUGUUCUUUAUCACCCCUUGGUCCCUGUUAUACGAUUCCUCAUUUUACAGUGGCCACGUAACUCAAGACGCUCCAAUUUCGGGCUCCCCGCUCUACAUUCUCAAGGCUUUUUUGCCAGUGAUUGAUUCGUUCGGCUUUGAAACCGACCUUCGCACACAUUCCCAGGGGCAGGCGUUCUGUCUGUCCGUUUUUCACCAUUGGCAGAUGGUGACCGGGGACCCGCUGGAUCGGUCUAUCCAAAUUGAACCUCUAGUGGCUCAGCCUGCAACGCAUUUAGCCAGAGAAUUCAUGAUCAAGACCCGAAGAAGAAAGGCAAGUCUUAAAAUAUGUCCCUGUGUACUCUUAGGGUGGGACUCAGUAACACAUUACUCUGCAUUUGUGUAUUUUGUCAGAAUACGCAUGGCUAAGUAAAAUGUUUAACUCUUCUCUUUAGGGUCUCAAUGAGGAUGUGAGCAUCAACAAGUUCUUCGACGACCCGAUGCUGCUAGAAUUGGCCAAGCAAGAUGUCAUGCUAAACUACGCCCUAUAG